GUGAUCGAUCUGGCCAACGGUAUUCUCCCUGCUCAUGAGAGUCGACCUGCUCGGAUUCAUACCCGACAAACAAAUUCCCUGUCAAUCUUACUGGCCGAAGACAAUGAGGUUAACCAGAAAGUAGCAUUGAAGUUUCUUGAGAAACACGAACAUGUAGUCACAAUUGUCGAAAACGGCCAAGAGGCUCUCCAGAUGGUCCAGAAAGCACGAUUUGAUGUGAUCUUAAUGGACAUUCAAACGCCUGUUAUGGGUGGAUUUGAGUCAACAACUCUAAUCCGCCAACAUGAGAUUCUACACGGUCUAUCACGCACUCCUAUUAUCGCUCUUACCGCUCACGCGAUGUUUGGGGAUCGAGAAAAGUGCCUAGCAGCUGGGAUGGAUGACUAUUUGUCGAAGCCGCUAAACCAAAACCAGAUGAUGCAGAUGAUUGUCAAAUACAGCAAUUCACUGCAGGAUGCUUCUUCUGUCCGGGGAUGA